UCACUGCACUGACUGCAACUAAGCAUUUGUUUGUCAUUUCUGACUAAAAUUUUUGUGGUACCUUUAUUUUCGUUCGAGGCAAACAAUGUCAGCACAUUAAUUUCUAGUUUUUAUUGUGAAACAGUUUUUUUAAAUCGAUAAAAUGAGUUUUGAUACUUCAAAUACUACUAAUGAUAGAGAAGAGAGAAAAUAUUUCCAUGACCGCAACAAAUCCGACGACCUGCAGAUUUCUAGAACAGACAUGAAUAUGUUGAUAAUGAAUUAUUUAGUAACAGAAGGCUUCAAGGAGGCGGCUAUAAAGUUCCAGCAGGAGGCGGGCCUUCAGGAGCCGGCUCUGUGCAGCUCCCUCGAUGAGAGGAUAAUGAUUCGCGAGGCUGUGCAGGGUGGACGCAUACCGGAUGCCAUUGCUAUGGUUAAUGCACUGCAUCCUGAACUCUUGGACACUGACAGAUACUUGUACUUUCACUUGCAGCAACUACAGCUUCUAGAACUCAUCCGCGCAGGAAGAGCGGAGGAAGCUCUGGCGUUUGCCAGCGCGACGCUCGCCGAGGCGGGCGCCAACGACAGCAACGCCCUCACGGAGUUGGAGAGAUCGCUGGCGUUGUUAGCGUUCCCCGAUCCGCACGCCUCGCCGUUUGCGGAUCUACUGCUGCCUUCACAUAGCCAGAAGAUUGCAAGUGAACUGAAUGCAGCAAUACUGAAAAUGGAGAAUCAAGAAUACACAAACCCGAAGCUAUGCAGUCUCCUCCGGAUGAUCCUGUGGUCUCAAAGUGAACUGGACAAACACAACAUCAAGUACCCUAAGAUGACAGAUCUUGCUAACGCCAAAAUAGAACAACCAAAAUACUAGUGCUUGAAAUAUAAGGCGCUGAUCCAAAGAAAAUAGGAGAAUAACUAUUAUAUUGUCCCUUAUUUUAAUAAUCAAUCUGGAUAACAUAGAUCCUUCCCAAAGUGUGAUGAUUCUUUUAAUGAAAUAAGAAAAUGUUCCAAUCCAUUUGACAGAAGAAUGGCAGUGCAGCUAUUAGCAUUCAAUCUUAUCAACUGCAUGGUUUUAUAACUUAUGCUAAAUUUUAAAAUUCAGAGAUGACUCUGAAAUAUAAGUAACUCUUGAGGGACAAUAUCAUAGAUUGACUACGCAAAUUGCUUACGUGGUAAGAUCGGCGCCUUGACAUUAUGUGAUAUACCUCUCUAUAAAUAUUCAAGUUAAUUGAUGAUUUUUAUAUCAUGUAAUUUGUAUGUAGUUUCAAAAUUACCUAUACAUAUAUUUAAAUAUUUCUCAAGUAUUUAGAGUUCAUUAUUAAUUUGGCCCGAAACCGCCAAUUUUUACAAAGUAACACCAAAUUUUAUCAAUUUUGACCAUUUUUCAUUUGAAGAAUGUCUUAGAUUUUAAAUAUUCUAACAAAUACAACUUUUUCUUAUUUGAUAGUAAAGAGUUUUCUAUUGUUCACUCACAAGAUUUUUUUUACCAUUUAUAAACUAAAAUGUUUUGUUGAAAAAACUUAUAUUCGGGCUACCACUCUUAACGUUUCAACGAUUUCCGGAAUAUUUUCAUAUGCAUAUAAUUAUUAACAAUAACAUAAUUAUUAAUGUUAAUAAUUAUUAACUGAAAGUUAAAAUUGAUGAAACCUAUUUCCUCGAAAGCUGUUUUUAAAUUAACAAGAUUCAAGCAAUCAAACAAUGUAGGUGAAACCUUUAAGUAUGAACUCACUUUUCCUAUAUGUCUGCAAUAUUAUUGUUAUUGAUAAUAAAAUAACUGAUUGAUAUAGUUUCAUGCUUCUAUAGGUAUUCAAACUCACAGAUGUCAAUGUAGUGUAAGAAUUUUAUAUGUAAUAUUUAGAAAAUAAAGUAAUUUAAGUGAUAA